AUGGCUAUCGACUCCAUUCCAGCUUACGUGGAACGCUGUCGCUUCUUCGUCGCCUUGUGCCCACCCAUUCGCCACAAGACCACCGAUACGGUGCUGAACAAGCAGACAUGGUCGAAGAGAGGUUGGUGUCGGUUGGAGAGGGCUGCGCGAGAGCUCAGUGGCCUCACCGACACGAAGAACAUCGAGAUUCAGGGCGCCCGUCAGUUGGCAGUUGCGCCGAUCUUCGACUGGGUCUGGGCACCCGUAGGAGAGGGCCACUUUUCCGUCGCGCAAGACAAAGAGAAGAUCGCCUCGGUGGUGAGGAGCAUGGUUUUCCGGAAGCUGCACAUCAACCUCUUGCAGGGGAACUGGCACAGCUACCGCCUGAUGCUGAACUUGCAGCGGAUCCAGUACCGAAGCUUGGCCAUCGUCCCGAUAGAGGAUGUGAUUCCAGGCUUCAAGUCGGACGCCUCGGACCCUGCAGCCUACGCAACUGCGAAGUUCAUGUUCCAGAAUGGCUUUCAGUCGCUCGAUGAGCGCACACCAGAAGGGUGGAGCCCUAUUUGCUUUGCGGCGGUGGAGGGCAAUGCCAUGGUCCUGUCCACUCUGAUUGAGAUGCGGGCUGACCCCAAUGAUCUGGUGCAGCAGAGUGAGCCUGUGUUACUCUUGGCUCCCCAGACGCCCCUGCUGCACAUUUGCGCAGCUCUCUCUCACAACGAGGCCCUGCAAGUGCUCCUUACAGCACGUGCCGACCUUGGGAGCACCGACGGCUUCGGAUCAACGGCUCUACUCUGGGCGGCGGCGGUGAACAACGUGGAGGGGAUUGAGAUCUUGAGCCAAGCCGGCUGCGAUUUCAAGUCGCCGAACAUGGUGGGCUACUCACCAUUCGUGGCCGCCAGCGUCAUCGGGUGUAUCGAAGCCAUGACGAAGCUUCUUCCACAUGCAUCGCCGCAAGAGCUGAACCUGGCGCUGCACAAGACGAUCCUCCACGGCUCUGGCUCCGCUGAGGUGAUGCUCAUCCUGGUAAACGCCGGAGCAGACGUGAACUGCCAGCUGCACACGCCCUUGAUCAGCCCCUUCGGCAUCUUGUUCUCCAUGCUCAGCAUCCGCAACCACUGGAGGCAGUCUACGCUGAGUUACUAUGCUUACCACCACUACGGGGCAACCCCGCUCAUGUGCAGCGUCAUCACCGGGUCUUUCGAGGCGACUGCAGUUCUCCUGUCGGCAGGAGCAUGUACGGAGUUUCGGAAUGCACGCGGAUGUACCGUGCUCGACUUGGCUAGGGAAUCAUGCGCCCCAGAGCAGAUUUUGUCUGCGAUCGCAUCUGAUGGACAAGACCGAGAACGUCUAUUGAACUGCCUCCCUUUUCAACUGGGAGUGAUCUCCGAAGCAUUUUAG